GAUUCAUAGCUACAUGCAGGAUCAAAGGAUAGCAGAAGUGCUAGGAAUGGGUCUGAUAGGCGGCAGCACAGAGUCAGCGAGUGCAGCUCUUUACUUACUCCAAUCAGCCAUCAGUCCAGUGCAAAGUCUGGCUGAGCAGUUGUCACGCAUGGAAGCCAAGCGAAAGACAGAUGCUAACGAUGUAGGCAAAGGAACCUUGCCAGCAUUGGGCAGUGGUGACCUUACACAGAAAUUUGAGAAACUAGCUGUAACAGGCAAUCCUGAGAACGGCAGUAUUGAAUACGUUGCAUCACUAAUGGCAAGAAUAGCGCCAGUUAGAGACUGA